UUUGAGUGGAAAGGUGUCCCCUGGUGGGGCUGCGGAGCGCGAGGCAGUAUGGCGCCGCGGCCCUGAUGAUUCGUAUUAGUUUUGUGGCGCGCGUGUUAGCGGCAACUGUUUCUCGUGCUCAUGCGAGUGCAUAGUCGGUACGAUGAGGUGGCGCGGCCGCGCGGCUCCGUACCGCGCCAAGGAGCGCGCCAACAUCAGUUUCUUCAUCUUUAUUAUGUUCUUUGCGGUGUUCGGUGUGAUAAUACUAACACAGCUUUUGUUACUGGAACGGCCCAAUACCACCGGCUCCUCGAGAUCUCGUUAUGAAGACCUCCAGGGUUGGGAAGGCAGGACGGAGACAGGGAAUGGGGAUACGGGUGAACCGCCUCCACCUGCGCAUGCGCCGCUCGACGCUGUUUGGCAGCCUGUGGCUGGUACUAAGUUUAAAUUUUACGUGUACUCAGCGUUUGUGGAACGGCGGACGGUUGCAGCGGUGCGUAUAAUCGCCGCCACAAAAACUCGGAACGCAGAUGCCGUCAUAUGCAGAAUCUGGCUGCCAGACAACCGCACACUCACACUUAAAGCUAGAGUCAAGGCCAUACGAGAGAAUUGGAAUUUAAAGUACAGUGCGACAUACGUACUAUGUUUGCUACGUGACUCGGGAGUAAAACCUCAGGAAACAGUUGGAGCGUCCAUAUCAGUUGUAUCCAGCAGUUGGGCUGGUAGACCGCCCACUAAUCUGCUUACAGUCCUGGACACCGAACCUAAGAGUGGUAUUGAGGAAAAUCUCCACAUAUGUGUUAAGCCGUUCCAUUACUCAUACGCCCGUGACGACUGGCUACUAGAAUGGUUUGAACUAAACAGGCUACUGGGUGCGAGUCAUUUCUACAUGUACAACGAGUCACUGAGUGCGCCUGUAGGCUGCCUCAUUGACCACUACAGGAAGCAAGGUCUAGUCACACUGCUGCCGUGGAAACUGCCUAUAAUAUCUAAAGUUGAGAUAAGAACUGAGGGACAAUUCGCUGCGUUCAAUGAUUGCCUAUAUCGGUCGAUGUCAACGGCCGGUUGGUUGCUGGUAAUCGAUGUGGACGAACUGGUUAUCCCGCGCCGCGAGAGGACGCUGCCCGCGUUGCUCACAGCACUGCGGGCCUCCUACAAUCCACCAUCGAAGUCACCAGCCGCCUUUCUGUUUAGAAACGCAUUCUUUUAUCUUCGAUGGGAGGAUGACGCAGAAGCGACGGCGUCAUUGGUGACGGCUCGCAAAACACGGCGGUGGGCGACUCCCCACGCGCUCAAGAACCGCAGUAAGUACGCGCUGCGGCCGCGCGACACCGUCGAGCUCGGGAACCACUUUGUUUGGGAGCACGCGCCCGGCGCCAGUUCUGCUGGGGUACCCACCGAUCGAGCUCUUCUACAUCACUAUCGGGCUGCUUGUGAGUACGGUGGUAUGAAUUGCUUGACAGUCCCGUCAACAGUAGACCGCAUGGCACACAGAUGGACCGAGGAAUUACAAAAGAAAGUUGCUGACGAGAACCAGAUACUCGCCAGGGUUUGCCCGAAGUAAGCAGAUCCCGUAUUAUUUCCGAUAUAUAUGAUUAAAUGGUAAUGAUUUGUUGAUUAAUGGUUGACUUUAAUAAAACUAUUGUGGUUGUAAAUAAACAGAAAAAAUCGCGUCCUUAUCUCGCGCAAUCUGUUAUUGUACAUAUCUCAGUUCAUAUACAAGGGGAUAGUUUACAAAUGAUAUGUUUAAAAUACACAAAUUAAUUUGCUCAAACCCACACGGAUGUUUUUGCUAAAAGAAUAUCAAACAUUUUUAAGCUUUUGAUUUCAUUGAAUAGGAACAUUUGAUUUGCAGCUCAAUGUCGACUUGAAAAAAAUAUUUUUUUUAAACAUGUUGUUUAUGAACCCCAUAAUUUAAAUAUGUUAAUUUAUAUUGAUACUAAAAAAUAAUUAUAAUAGAUAUGUGAUUAUUAUUGUUUCGUUACCUAUAACUUAAUAUCAUUAGGUUAGAAAUUAAAAAAUGGCAACAAAUUUUUUUAUGCAAUUGAUUUUUAAUUUAAGAUUAUAAUUAUGUAUAAAUGCCCCAAAUAUGCAUAAUAUAACCAUAAUAAAGAGGACCAUUAUAGGGCUGACGAUUCUCUCUCAAAUUGUGAAUUUGUAUAGAGCAAGAAAACCAAUGACAGUUUGUAUGUUAAGGCCCAAAAUUUUGUUCUGUGUUCAGAUCAGUAUGUAACUUAUUGUAAUGUAGCUAAUGUAAUGAAUAUAUUUCGAGGUAUGGAUU